AUGCCCUCCGUGGAGAGGGCAUUCGAGGGGCAGCCGUAUCAUGGGUUUUGGGGGCAGGUGACGGUGCGAGCCAUGCUCAUAGCCAUCGUGCUUGCCGGCCUCUUCUCUAUGGUGACACUGAAGAUCUACAUGAAAGUCGGGGUUGUAGGAGCAUUCAACAUGCCCAUCAACAUCCUCAGCUUUGUCGUCCUCAGAAGCCUUGUUGGCCUGAUGCGACGCUGCGGCGUUGCCGCAUCGCCAUUCACGCGCCAGGAGAACAUCUUCCUCCAGACCAGUACAAUAACCUGCAUUAAUAUUUCACUCUCUUGUGGUUUCGGGAACUACUUUGUUGGAUUGUUUACUGUGGUAGCAAAGUCUCUCAGUGAUAACCCAGAUAAAAGAGACAUUGUCGACGUGACUGUUGGACAAUAUGGGUUUUUCCUUGUCACCGUUGGUAUGGUGGCAAUAAUGGCAACGCUGCCGCUGGUGCAGUGGUUCUACACUGGAGGUGAUAGUUGUGGAUUUGGCGUCUUUCCUACAUUUGGGCUAGAACUAUAUAAACGUAGAUUCUUUUUUGAUUUCUCCACAUCAUUUUUGGGUGUUGGUAUGAUUGUCCCACAUGUUGUAAACUUUGGAUUACUUUUUGGGGCCAUCAUCUCUGGAGCCAUCUUAUAUCCUUACCUUGAAAGUAAAAGAGGGAAAUGGUAUUUCACUGACAGUCCAUCAACUCUGAAUGGAGUCAAUGGAUACAAGAUUUUCAUGGGCUUAACAAUGGUCGUCACUGAGGGAAUAUUCAACUUCAUUACACUUAGUACUGCAUUGGUAAUCGACUUCUACAAGAAAACGGAAGAAAAUGAUUCUGGGGCAGCUAAAUAUAUCUUGAAACACCCCAGUCUUAACUAUGAUGAUCGUAAAAGGCUUGAGCGUACCCAGCCUCUAGAAGAACUGCCGUCCGCUGCUGAAGUCCACGCCGCAGAAUGGGAUCCACAGCACCGCAACGUCGGCACCCAGUGCCAUGGUCAGGCAACACAAGAGGUGUGCCGCUAG